CGUGCUCACAAUAGGAAGUGUCAAGAAUGUCGGAUAAAACUCCUAUUUUGUCAAAAUCUACUGAAAGUGCCGGCAACCCUCAGGAAAAUGCUCUGUAUUAUGGCAAUAACCUGUCGCCAACAUCGCGACGGCUACAAAUAUUAUUUGUUGCAUUGGUAGUCAUAAUGGUUGGGAUAACUAUAGGCCUAAGUAUGGACCAGGGAUUCAAACAUGGUGCUAACUAUUUCAUGUUGGGUAUAAGUCUUAUUGGAUUUGUUGUGAUUGAAAUAAUUCUGAUAUUGUUUAUUCGGAAAGGAGAGUUGCCCACGGAGAAAACCUGGUUUCUAUACUUUGUAGGAGGAUGUGUUAUUCUAGAAUCUAUAUUUACUGAUGUUUUGUUAUACCAGUAAAACGAAUUUCAGCGACCUAAAGAUAUGCAGUAUAAUUAAAACUAACAGAUCAAAGAGUUUGUUUAACAUGACUUCUUGUUUUCUAUGUAACCUGUUUCACAAAAUAUUUAUUCGUAGUUUUCUUACAAUGCAUGUAUAUAUUGUUUUUAUUUUGCCAAUUAACAUAAGUUCUAAUUUAUUUGGAUACAAAAUACUAACAAUGCUAUAAGCCUUAAAUAUGUAAUAUGUCAGGUUGUUUCCAAUAAUAUGACCGACUUUAACAUU